AUGCCACUCAUCCAGGCCCAGUCCACAGCCCAGUCCCAGUCGCAGUCGCAGCCCCCGCACCCGACAACGCCCCCAGCUCAGCCGCCCCAAAGGAGUCCCAUUGGCAGAACGUACGCCAAGUCCAUGCCGGUAACACCGAUCCAACCGCAGUCGCCGCUGGAGGAGACACCCUCCUACGAGCUCUACGAACGCCAUGUCCACGCCCACGACCACGCCUGCUCCGAUGCAAGGUUCCACUUUGCCAAUCAUGACAACAAUGAGGAGGAGGACGACGAUGACGAGGAGGAUACCUCUUCGCUAGCCAUGAUCACCCCGCCACCCCCUUACGACACUCCGAGAAGUGGAGCCGUUGCUGCCACGCCUCCGUUGCCACCGCCCCGUAGAUUUCGCUUCGGCAACCGGGAGCUGUUCAGCAUGAGUCCCGCUGGAGGCGGGACCACGCCUACGGCCAGCAGCGCUAUUACGCCCACAAAGUUGAGCGCCGCAGCAGCGGCCAUGUUUGCAGCUCCUCAGGUGGCCACGCAGCUGAACCGGAAGUGGGCACACCUCCAGAGGCGGCGGCGCAGGCGGAACAGCAGCUCCGGGGACUCCAAGGAGCUGGACAAACUGGUGUUGCAGUCGGUCGAUUGGGAUGAGAACGAGAUGUACUAGUUUUAAGGACUCCACUAAGCUAGGGAUUUGUAGUUGCGUAAUCAGAAACGGAUUGGUUUUCAAAAAACAAAAAAUUAUGAAAAAUGUAAGAUAGGCGAUACUUUUUACCAGCCAAGGGGGGGUUACAGAUCAAGAUCACAUCAGAUAUGUAAUGCACCCUAGUUGGUGAAGAACCUUUCCAAGUAUGCGAUAGGAACUGGACGGGAUGGAUUUACUUACACACAAAAAAGCCACAGAGAUUAUACACGAAAUUUAUAGUUAUACAGCCUUUACACAGAUAGUAUAACCAAAUCUGCUAACAAGAAUACGUAUAUAGGAUAUAUAUAUGACUCUAUAUAUACCAACUUCAGAUAUAGUCGCUAACUUAGAGCUGCAAACCAUAUUGUUAAUUAAAAUUCAAGAACACACGAGCCAGGAGAUGUAAAUAUUAACGUAAAUUAAGCAAACCUUAUUCAAAUGAAUAUACACGAUAUACACGA